AUGAAUGAGCUCACAAUUCCAGAGUUAGCAGAGUGGAAGAAGUUCAUGGAUGAGAUCAUGGCCAUUGACACUAAUAAGCUGUGGGAGAAAAUGAAAGCAGCUCAGAAGAAGAAAGACAUGGAAAAGGCACAGAACACCUAUAUCACAAGGCUAGAGAACUUACAGAUAGAUGCUGUGGAGUACCACAUAUAUGCUAUGUCCCCAGAAGAAUGGGACAUGCUAAGGAAACAUGUUGAGGAAAUACCACACCACCAAAACAAUGCAGCAGGAAGAGCAGCUUACAAGGAACAGUUGAAACAAUGGUUUGCCACAAAUAGUCAAGAUGGUAAAGUCACAGAAGGAACUCCAUUUUCAUUACAACCAGGUAGUGCUAUGAUAUGCUCAGGGGAAUGCUUCAGGUAUGAAGUGCAUGGUCACAUCAUGGCAGAAUGCCCAAUCCCAGAGGCAUCACAGCUGUCCCUGCAGGAGAAAAUCCAGUGCAGCAUCACAGCUUACUUGCUAGGGAACUUUAAUCAAGGACAAGCUGUGCAAAUUGCCCUAGUGUUUGAGGAUGAGUAUGUACAGCAAUAG